UCUCUCUCUCUCUCACAACCUUUAUAAAUUGAAGAGGACGGUACCAAGACAAAUUAAGGAGCCAAGAAUCCUCCAAGCUUUUUAACUUGGCCACCCCUCUGGGAGGGAGGGGGAGAGAGAGAGAGACAUGGGGAUGGUGCCAACAAAAGGUUCCAUAUUUUAUUUACCAGCUAUUGUUCUUAGCUUUCUCUGUCUCUUCCUCCAUGUUGGGAGAUCCGGAGCUCGAGCUACAACCGACUCAUCUGAAGUUGAGGCGUUGAACGCGAUACUGGGGAGUUGGGGGAAGAAGGCGACAACGUCGCCGGCGUGGAACAUCAGUGGCGAACCAUGCAGCGGCGCCGCCAUCGACUCCACCGAUUUCAAAAACCCCAACUUCAACCCCGCCAUCAAAUGUGACUGCAGCUACAACAAUGGGACCACCUGCCACAUCACCCAGCUGAGAGUAUAUGCCUUAGAUGUGGAAGGCACAAUCCCGGAGGAGCUGCAAAACUUGACAUACCUCAAGGAUUUGGAUUUGUCUCAGAACUACUUGACUGGUCCGUUGCCAGCAUUUAUUGGGAAUUUGACCGAGUUGCAAUACUUCACUGUUGGUACAAAUGCAUUAUCAGGGACCAUUCCAAAGGAGCUUGGAAAGCUUCAAAAGCUCAUCUCAUUGGGUGUAGGUGCCAAUAACUUCAGUGGUUCACUCCCCUCUGAGCUUGGGAACUUGAGCAAUCUCCAGCAAUUGUACGUAGAUAGUUGUGGAGUAGGUGGUGAGUUCCCAUCAACUGUAUCAAGUCUCAAGAACUUGCAGACAUUGUGGGCAUCAGACAAUAAUUUCACAGGCAAAAUACCAGACUUCAGUGAGACAAAUUUAACCACUUUGAGGAUGCAAGGCAACUCUUUUGAAGGCCCAAUCCCUUCAAGUUUUUCUAGUCUCACAAGUUUGACAGACUUACGGCUAGGCGACAUAUCAAAUGGAAGCUCAACUUUAGCAUUUAUUAGUAAUUUAACAUCCUUAAGCAAGUUAGUCUUAAGGAAUAGCAGGAUAUCUGAUGCUAUUCCACCAGACUUUUCACUCUACACUAAUUUGCAGAUAUUGGAUCUGAGCUUUAACAAUUUAACAGGCCAGCUUCCUCAAUCUCUCUUCAAUUUGAGUUCACUCAGCUACUUAUUUCUUGGGAACAAUAGCCUAUCUGGUAGCUUGCCUACUAGCAAAAGCAACUCACUUCUCAAUAUAGACGUAUCAUAUAAUCAACUAUCAGGAAGCUUUCCUUCAUGGGUUAGCCAACAAAAUUUGAAACUGAACUUGGUGGCCAACAAUUUUGUGGUUGAUAGUUCUAAUAUCAGUGCUUUGCCUUCAGGAUUGAAUUGUCUUCAGCGAGAUAUACCUUGCAAUCGUGGAUCACCAAUUUAUUCUUCCUUUGCUAUAACAUGUGGUGGUAAUAAAACCAUAACAUCCUCUGAUGGAACUGUGUAUGAAAUAGACAGCAAAACUCUCACAACAGCAUCUUAUUAUGUGACUGACUCAAACAGAUGGGCAGUUAGCAGUGUUGGAACUUUUAUGGAUGCCUCGAAUCCUGAUUAUAUACUGAACAGUGCAUCUCAGUUCCCAAACACUCUAGAAACAGAGUUGUACCAGACUCAAAGGCUCUCUCCAUCAUCAUUAAGAUACUAUGGUCUUGGGCUUGAGAAUGGAAAUUACACUAUAAAGUUGCAUUUUGCUGAGACACAAAUCCUCGAUCCACCUACUUGGAAAAGUGUUGGGAGGAGAGUUUUUGAUAUCUAUAUACAGGGUGAUCGAAAGGAGAAGGACUUUGAUAUUAAAAAGGAAGCUGGGGAGAAAUCCUUUAGAGCUGUUGUGAAAGAGUACACUGCACCAGUGACAAAUAACUUUCUAGAUAUUCAUUUCUUUUGGUCUGGAAAGGGUACCUGCUGUGUGCCAACUCAAGGCUACUAUGGCUCAUCCAUAUCAGCUAUCAGUGUAUAUCCUUUUGACUUCACCCCUACUGUUAGUAAUAAACCGCCAUCGACUGAUUCAACAAAUAAAAAGACAGGUCUGGUCGCCGGCAUUGCAGCUGGUGCUGUGGCUUUAGGCCUAUUUACUCUUCUUGUCAUUUUAAUAUAUAGACAGAGGAGAAGAUUAGGCAAGGAUGAUGAUGAAGAUCUGUUAGAAAUUAGUGCCAGGCCAGACACUUUCACCUAUAUGGAAUUGAAAACUGCUACAGAAAAUUUCAAUCCUAAUAAUAAGCUCGGCGAGGGUGGAUUUGGUCCUGUGUUUAAGGGUAAAGUUUUAGAUGGAAGAAUUGUGGCCGUGAAGCAAUUAUCAGCAGCAUCUCGCCAAGGAAAGCGCCAAUUCAUGGCAGAAAUUGCAACUAUAUCUGCAGUGCAGCACCGAAACCUUGUGAAGUUGUAUGGUUGCUGUAUCGAGGGAGGCAAGCGUCUCCUGGUCUAUGAAUACUUAGAAAACAAGAGCCUGGAUCAGGCACUCUUUGGUACAAGUGAGAACAACUUGCACCUUGAUUGGCCCACUCGCUUUGAAAUAUGUCUGGGUACAGCACGAGGUCUUGCAUAUCUUCAUGAGGAGUCAAGAGUGAGAAUUGUACAUAGAGAUGUCAAAGCCAGCAAUAUUCUGCUUGAUGCCGAUCUCAUCCCCAAAAUAUCAGAUUUUGGUCUCGCCAAGCUUUAUGAUGAUAAGAAGACUCAUAUCAGCACAAGAGUUGCUGGUACAAUUGGUUAUCUUGCACCCGAGUAUGCCAUGAGAGGGCAUCUCACAGAAAAAGCCGAUGUCUUUGGAUUUGGAGUCGUAGCUUUGGAGGUUCUUUCUGGAAGGCCUAAUUCAGAUCAGAGUCUUGAAGCGGAGAAAGUUUAUCUCCUCGAAUGGGCUUGGAGUUUAAGGGAGAACAAGCGCGAGCUGGAAAUGGUUGACCCAUGGUUAUCAUCAUUCAAUGAAGAAGAAGCCAUCCGCAUUAUCAAUGUAGCUCUUCUGUGCACUCAAGCAUCGCCGAUGCUGCGCCCACCCAUGUCGAGGGUGGUGGCGAUGCUGGCAGGUGAUAUUGAGGUAGGGGAAGUCACAACAAGGCCUGGUUAUUUGACAGACUGGCAGUUCAAUGAUAUCAGCAGCAGUUUUGCAAGCGGUGGCGUUUCGAAGCCCUCGAUGAUAAAAUCAGUAAAUAUCCAAACCAGCAUACCAUCCAACAUAACCAUGGGAUCUGAUACAAAGCCCAUGCCUUCACCCUCCGGACCGCUGCUGGAUGAGGUCAUAACUGAAGGAAGGUAGUAGCCAUUCGCCCACAGAAGAAGCACGGUAGAGGGAAGAAAAAGCGAAGGAAAAAAAAUCACUAGAAGCAUGCAAUAUAACUUGGGAAAAUUAUAUUACAGCUUAGCUAAGAUGGUCAUACUGUCCUUGCUUGUUUGUCAGCUGAAGAGUGCAGUAGUUCUGUUGAUAGUGCUGAAUGUACUUCUGCAAGAGUGAUUGAAGUUUCGGUUGUUAUGCUCCUUCUGUAAUAUCCACAAUGUUGUGAAUGCUAGUGAUGUCUAUGCCAAAGCUAGGUUGCAUUGGAAUAGUGAAUGGAUGAAUUCAGUAAUAAUCACUACGUUUAGAUACAAAUAAGUAUUCACUUCGGACUAAUAUCAAGUGGUGAAAGGUUAUGACCAUCUUUGGGCAGCACCUAGGCAUUCUCGAGAAUAGACUAAUACUGCCAAACUUUAAAUACAUUCGAACGUUGCGUAACGGUCCUAUGGUAGCGUUGCCUGGCACGGCUGUGAGACACGCCACUUCUCUCUUUAUUCUUCUGGAAAGCAUAAAGAGGAGGUUCCCCUGUCUAUUUAUUCAGCUUUUAGCUUUGGAAGCAGCAACACUCGCACCCCAACCUUGUCUGGAUUCUCUCCACCGCCCUCUCAUUCCAGCUGUAUCUGGGGAGACCCAACACUUCCAUCAAGCCUUCAUCCCUUUAUUUAUAUAACCUCUCUACCUUGAAUCCCUUGUUCCCAUCUGAGGCCGAUUGGAAAAACGAGCAGAGAUGGGCUUCGUUUUAGUCAUCUCUCUCCCUCUUAUUAUCUUUGCCAUCUUGCUCGGGUUCGGCUGCUACUUUCUUGGGAAGGCGAAGGGGAGGCAGGAAGCGAGCGCCGGUGUCGACGCGCAAGUCUACGGCGUUCCCCAGCCCCCUCCGGGCACCGUCGAGUCCUCAUCUCCUGCCCAUGAGAAGAAGGAAGGGGCAGAUGGUGUCUGAGAGCUUUCAAAGAAAGGGGAGGGGCUGCAUCUCUGCUUUGCCACCUUUAUAUCGUCGUCACCAUGUUGGUUUCUUAUUUGAAUCAUUUCGUUCUUUUAUUCUUGUUUAAAUAUGUUGGUUAGUGUGGACGAUGUAAAUGAUAAGAGGAAAUAAUAAGAUGUGUUGUCUUAUUUUGUUUGUGAGACAAUAAUUUAUGAUA